AGAAACGCCAUCUAGAUCGUUUUACAGCAGAGCUGCAGACGACUCAUUCAUUGCGCGGUUUCUACUCUUCAAGUCAUUGGCAAAUUGAUACUUGGGAAAAUCAGUUCACAAAUGAGAUCUUAAUCAUUCAACACAAAAUCAAGGGAUCCCACCAGAUACAUGGAGGCGAGCCAGACCCGAGAUUGCACGGUUUACGUCUCAAACUUCCCAUUUUCGCUAACAAACAAUGACCUUCAUAAAAUUUUUGGACAGUACGGCACCGUAAAUAAGGUAACCAUUGUCAAAGACCGACAGACGAGAAAGAGUAAGGGAGUAGCCUUCAUCGUUUACAAAUCGCAAAAGGAGGCGUCCAAUUGCAUCCAGCAGACCAACCAGAAAGAAAUGUUGGGUCGUAUUUUGAAAUGUUCUAUUGCCAAAGAUAACGGCCGGACAGAGGAAUUUGCGACUCAAAAAAGAACCUACGAAGACAAAUCCCGCUGUUUUGAAUGUGGUCAAGAAGGCCACCUGAGUUAUCAAUGCCCUAGUAACGCACUGGGAAGUCGCGAACCGCCCAAGAAAGUAAAAGGGACAGGAAAAUUUCAACAUGAUGACGGCGACCAGGACGAUUCGCUCGGUGCUGCAAUUCGUUAUGAACAGCAACAGAGAACGACACAAGAGCAAUUAGCUUCAACUACGCCAAAUAUCCGAAGAAAGAAAUUUAAACCAAGUUCUUACUUUAGUGAUGAAGAAGAGAUCAGUGAUUGAUGCAGUUGUAUUUUUUAAAUGUUGUAACCCUUUUGCGACUCUGCCUGACAGGCUGAUAUGGGAAUCAUUGGACCUGCUUAAGUAAGACGUGAAACUUCUACAACAAAGACCCAGUAUAGAUUUCAUUUUUUCGUCGGGUGAAGUUAGACAAUCGACGCCGAAGAAUCCAACAACGCCGAAGUUCCUUAGCUUUGGUAACAUCUUACUAGACUUGUCCAAUUCCAAAGGAAUAGCGACCAUACUGAUCGGGAUCGGAGCGACAUACAAGUUAUGGAAAAAAACAAAGUCAGCCUUUGAUCGAUUGCGCAUUUGGAUCGAAGAUAGAAGACACAAGUCCAGUGUUGAACCCAUCCCUGUCUCCAUCAAUAAAUAUUGGCGAAAACUCA